GUCCCGCCCGCGGGCUGCCGCGAGCGAAAGGCGGAGACUGGAGGCCGCUGGCUGGGCGCGGGCGCGUCGCGGCCCCGGCCCCGGAGGAUGCUGAGCCCCUGCCCGGUCCGGCCCCGAGCACAUGAUGGCGAUACGGGAGCUCAAAGUGUGUCUUCUCGGGGAUACCGGGGUUGGGAAAUCAAGCAUCGUGUGUCGAUUUGUGCAGGAUCACUUUGACCACAACAUCAGCCCAACCAUUGGGGCAUCUUUUAUGACCAAAACUGUGCCUUGUGGAAAUGAGCUUCAUAAGUUCCUCAUCUGGGACACUGCUGGGCAGGAACGGUUUCAUUCACUGGCUCCCAUGUACUAUCGUGGAUCUGCUGCAGCUGUCAUAGUAUAUGAUAUUACCAAACAGGAUUCAUUUCAUACCCUGAAGAAAUGGGUGAAAGAACUGAAGGAGCAUGGUCCAGAAAACAUUGUAAUGGCUAUUGCUGGAAACAAGUGUGAUCUCUCAGAUAUUAGGGAAGUUCCCUUGAAGGAUGCUAAGGAAUAUGCCGAAUCCAUAGGUGCUGUUGUGGUUGAAACAAGUGCAAAAAAUGCUAUUAAUAUCGAAGAGCUCUUUCAAGGAAUCAGUCGCCAGAUCCCACCCUUGGACCCUCAUGAAAAUGGAAACAAUGGAGCAAUCAAACUUGGGAAGCAAGCCACGCAAGCCAGCCGGCGGUGCUGCUGACCCGUGGGCCAUGGUCCGCUGUACUUGAAGAAGCCAGAGCCAACCUCCCAUUCUUGGCAGCCUGGCAACCCCGCAUAGGGAGAAGAGAGAUGCUGGCUUGGCAUCCUGGAAGACCUGAAGCGAUGGGGCAGGAAAUGUCCCUGGAAAAGGCUUUUAGAAAACUCCAGAAAAAUCCGCCAUACUAUCACAAAAUGGCCUUUGGUGUAUGAAAUGCACAUGAGAGGAAACAGAUGUUAGGUAAUAAGUACAGUUGAGUUUUUUGUUGUUGUUAAAAACCCUAAAAUAUUCUUCAAUUUGUACAGCCGUCUCACUGGCUUAUCUGUGUGUGAGAUUCUGAGGUGGCCUUCCCUUCUGACUUCCUGGGUUCCUCAGCCCAAUUUCAGCAAGUUCCACGGUGCUAUGGCCUAUGUUACCUGGCCAGACUUCACUGAAAGUUUAAUUUCAUUUCAUUCCAUUUACCUUUCAGUGGAGUGUAAUUGGAUCAUCACUCAAGCUAGAGACUUGAGCCAUUAUGAAAGUGGAGAAAGAUGCAUUAGAAACUGUUGUCUACAUCUCUGACUUAUACUUGAUGCCUGUUUUUGUAAGUUUUAGUCAUAUAUAAACAAACCAAAUCUGACUAAGAUAGUUCAUGCAGUUUGGGGGUUAGGAGGCCUAGUUUGAAAGAGUCAUUUGAGUAGUUACUGCAUAAACGGUGACAGAUGUAGGGUAUAAAUAUUUUCCAGAGACUGCCUGGGAUGCAUCAUCUCCACAGUAAUAAAUUCCCACUCUCUUACAGAAGAUUAAUUCACGGAGUAGGGUUUUACUAAGAUAGUAUGUCAUGGUGUCAUAUCCAGGGGGAAAACUAACCGGAGGAUGUCUGAGUCUAAAUCAUAGGGCAAAUUUCUAAUACUAUCAAUCAGUAGGUUACAGGAAAGCCAGCCAGAGGAAGCACCUUAAGAUUUGAGACCCCCCCCCAAUUACAAAACUGGAGAAAGUGUUUUAGAAGAUGCCAAGCUUGGGCAGCUGGGAGUUAGGACUCACCAGAGGUCCAACCCUGGAAUGCCCGUUAGUUAGUUGAGAGCAGGCUUUCAUAAAACCUUCCUUUCUAGAUUCCCUGUCUGCUCAAUUGAUGAAAGAUGUCUGAAUCCAAUGGAAGGAAAGGGAAAGAAGGCACAGAAGGGAAGAAAAGCUAUUUCCACUAGAAAUCCAAAUCUUACUACCAUUCUAACUUCCAUAAAUACCUGGGAUCAAGAAGCAGUUGGUUUCCUAUUAAGGCUUAUAUUGGGAGGAAAUUCUUAAAGGGCGUUUGGAUCCGGGCCUUCGGUGGGGACUAGGAAACUCAAGACUGGCUGGACCCAGGAAUGGUUAAUCAGGCAGCGGGGUAAUAGGGCCAGCCAGUACCUUUUCGGCUAGCAACAUUCAAGGCCCAGCAAACAUUAAUAGAAAACCUAUAACAUGAAAGCCAGGAGAGAGAUGGUCAGCCAACAAAAGACCUCAAGACCCCAGUAACUCAGUGUGAGCUGGUUCCUCGGAGGCCUGUCAUGGCUCUGCCCACCCUGCUCCGGACAGGUAGAGACAGUGAGAUCACCGUCAACGAAAAGCAAGGGUCCUUGAGAGAGUCACGGCCAAGUUUACACUCCUUUAUGGGGACUGCAAUCAAGAAAACAGGUGGAAAUCACAGAUUUAGGGUUUGCUUUUUUCUAGAAAAACUCAACAAUAUGCUGUCAAUUGGCUAUCGCCACUGCUUCACUCAGCUUGCAAGAAUAGUUUGACAGUCUUAGGAUGUGCAGGCCAGAAGCACUUAUUUUUGGUUCGAGACUGCCUCUUAGCUCUCCGAGACUGGCACUCAAAAACUGCUAGCAAGUGGCAUUUGGAAGUCUUGGCAGAGCCCUUGCCAGGCUUUUUAGGGUUUUCUCCAUGUUGUCAACUUUACUAGUAGCCAGCAUGAUUCUGCUUGCGGGCCAAGUGAUGAUCAUGCCUCUUCUAAAAGUUAAAAAAUUGGGGCUGCAAAUUGAAUGACCUCUUUCCAGGGGGCAUGAAGGCUCGUUGUGGAAGCUUUCCUCCUCCAGCUGUCCCUGAGAACCUUGGUCUAUCUCUAGACAGCUGCUCAGGUUGCCCAGCUAAGGCGGUCCACGUCCCCGUGGGGUUCCAAGCCCUGGGCGGGGUCUUUAGUGGUUGCAUCUUGCAUGAAAGAGCUGAUGUUAAUCACGUGGAGCGAGCAACCCACGAAUGAGCCCAUGGUCUUAUUUCAGAAGCACAUUGAGGGUGUGAACUACUCUUUUACCUUUCUGUACUGCCUUAAUUCUUCCAGUCAGUCAGAUGACAGUAUGUAUGUAAUCACUACUCGGAGCAACUGGGGAAAGAGUACACAGCACUUGGGCACACAUGCAUUCGUAUAAACAUGGAGUCUCCUCUGCAGAUAGACGCUCUAGCCUCGUCCUCAAUGAAGCUUUCUUUCUUCCCUUAUUUUGCCUUGCAAUGACUUUCUGGCUGUUCUGAUUGUUGAACUCUAACCAUGUAAUAUCGUGUAAAAGCCUGGAAAUGACUAUUGCUCCAAACUGUCAAGUAGUUUCAUGUGAUGUAAAUCCUUCACAUAAUUUUCCAAACUUUGCUUUUUUCCCCUCCAUUUUCUUUCCUUCCAUGGGCAUGUAUAUGUGUAAAUAUGAUUUUGUGUUUGUGACACCGACACGUAAUCCAUUUCACUGGCUGAGUCUGGCUCGUGCCUGUGUGUUGUACCAUGUAGGCCUGGGUUCUCAUAGGGGUCAUUUCCCUGUGGGACUCCCUAAGGCGGCGCUGGAGUCGUGCACACAUUUUAGGUCGGUACAUAAUUGACUUGCCAUUUUAUACUUGAAAUGGUACAUCAGGGUGCUCAAGAUGACGUUACCUUGCAGGCUAGAGAAGGUUGAAGACCUAAAACUAACUUUUAGCCAACGGAAGGGCUGUGCCCCCAGGAGAACUGAAUUCAUUUGCCGAGGGAGGUUUGGAUGAUGGAGGUAUUUUCUGGAUGGUCAAGGACUACGGCGUCCGCUGGCUGAGGCCGAGCUCCUCUUACAGGAGUCCACUUGCUGCAAUGUUCACAGCCAGUCGAAUUACAAGCUGGCUUCUAAACUAAAGGGCUCUGAGCUGUAUUCAGAUCCAUUCAGCAUCGGGUCUACUUUUUCAGCCAUCACUGUUGAAAGCAGACCCAGUGAUCCAGUGUCAGUGCUCUGUCGUGUAAACCGUUCCUUUUUCUUGUGUUUCUGUAAAGGGCUUCUGGCUGGGCUGGACCCAGUUCUCACAUAUAGAAGAUGCUGCUGCAGACAAUUAGGACCUUUCCACCUUGUAUUCUAUAGUAAGGCACUGCCCUCAACAUCACCCAAUUGUAUAUGUUAUUUGGGGUUUAACACACACUGAUUCAUACUAAUAAAUAUUGUAAGUUUUACCAA